AUGCACGCCAGAAUUGCUGCUCUCCUCCUCCCGGUCCUCGCCGCGGCCAACCCUCUGCCCCAGACUACUUCUGAGGAUGCUCCUCCCGCAGAGCAGAUCACUAUCGUUGACACGUCAUACUCUGGUAACGGAUGUCCUCAAGGCUCCGUGUCCACCAGUACCUCGACGGACAAGACUGUCAUCACUUAUGGAUUCGAUCAAUUCCAGACCUACAUCGGUCCCGGCACUGUACCAGCAGACCGCAGCAAGAACUGCCAGCUCCACCUGAACUUGAAGUACCCCGGCGGCUUCCAGUACGCCGUCGUAGACGCCACCUACCACGGCUGGGCGCGUCUCGACGAAGGCGUAACCGGCAGCUUCAUCACGACCUAUUACUUCUCGCAAGACGCCGGCAAGACGCAAACCACGCGCAUGUCAGCCGUAGGCGGCGGCGCCCUCCUGACCGGCCAAGUCUACACCAAGCAAGACAGCGUUGAGACCACCGCCACCAUCUGGUCGCCCUGUGGCCAGAACGGCAUCCUCAACAUCAACAACAGAAUCUCACUUACGAACAAGAAGUCUGAUCAGGCGGGUGAGAUGAGCAACGAUGAUGCUACUGUUGCUUUCACCCAGCAGCUUCAUGUUGCGUGGAGGAAGUGCACACCGACUGGAUCGGGUGGCGGAAGUGGUAGUGUUAUUGGCAUUGGAAACCCUAGCGCGGACAUCGACUUUGAGUAG